AGCUAUUUCAGGUAACAAUGGGGUUGACCAUCUCCUCACUUUUCAAUCGCCUCUUCGGAAAGAAACAGGUUCGAAUUCUUAUGGUCGGUCUUGAUGCUGCCGGUAAGACCACGAUCUUGUACAAAUUAAAGCUGGGAGAAAUUGUGACCACGAUUCCUACGAUUGGAUUCAACGUGGAAACUGUCGAGUACAAAAAUAUCUCGUUCACCGUAUGGGAUGUUGGAGGUCAAGAUAAGAUUAGGCCAUUGUGGAGGCAUUACUUCCAAAAUACGCAAGGUCUCAUUUUUGUGGUGGACUCCAAUGAUCGUGAACGUAUAGAGGAGUCUCGCGAAGAACUUCACAAGAUGCUGAACGAGGACGAGUUGAGGGACGCUACUCUUCUUGUAUUCGCUAACAAACAGGAUCUCCCUAAUGCAAUGAGCGCCGCUGAAUUAACGGACAAACUUGGACUGCACAAUCUGCGUUCACGACAGUGGUACAUCCAGGCUACUUGCGCUACUCAGGGUCAUGGACUUUACGAGGGCUUGGACUGGUUGUCCAACCAGCUGUCGAAAUCCUAAACGAACACUCCAUCACUAUAAGGCCGUAUUCGAUUAAUGCCCAUUCAAUCGAAUGUACGUUAUUAUUAUAUCCCUAUUUAUAAUUGGUAACGUAUGCUGCCCGCCUUCUUCGUCGCUCGGAUGUGGUGUGUGUAGAAUAAUGCGACAUCCCUUCUCCUUGAAUAUGUGCAUUCGGCUUGUUUUUCGCGGCUACUUUGUUUAACAAAAUAAUGAUUACUUGUUAACUUUACCGAUCGGGCUCCAUUGUGAUGAUCGACUGGAUAAUGCCUCAAUAACGGUGUAUGAGCGCGUUCGACGCGGACGACGGCUAUCUGAACAGCAGUCGUGUACAUUAUUCCGUUCUGUCUAUUUGUGAUGCCAGUUUCAUUUCUGUGUUCGUCGUUUGGGUAGCGUGUGCGAAGCCCUCAUAUGUCGUUUCCAACA